AUGGACCACGAACUCGAAAAAGGUCUUCGCCAUGCCGUUGAGGCUAAGGCUCCCGAAAUCCGCCAGCGUCAGCGCAACUCGCCUUUCUUGACUUUAGUGGAGGCGAUUACCCGGCGUCAAACUAUCGUAGCGUAUAUUUGUGCUUUAUUUCUGAUGAUUGAGUUCGGUAGUUUUGUGACUUACACUAUCAUGCGGCAUGUCUAUGGCGAGAGAGAGGCCCGGCUCCGGGAGGAGUGUGGUUAUAGCCACGGGCAUCUGCAGGCGCUCUGUGGCGGGCUUGCAGAGCGGCCGAUGGACAACCAGUGCUAUCGGCAAGAACGCACGGCGAUUCUGCUGUCGGUGUACCUGGGGUGGCUCGGGAUGGACCAAUGGUGCGCGCACCAUUGGGCGCUUGCGGUCUUCAAGAUGUUGGCGCCGCAACUACUCUUAUUCUGGUGGAUGGCUGACUUCAUUAUGUGA